AUGAACGGCCUCUUUUUUAACCAGCAUCUAGCUGGACAGAAUCUCACUACUGAUGCCGCUAUUGAGAACCUCAUCUCGACCUUUAACGAGCUCAACAGUAACGUUAUUGAUGAGCUUCAUGAGGAGCCUAGUCCGCUCGAGUUUAUGCGAUAUGUGGCCCGGAACACGCCAUUUGUGAUUAGGGAUGGGGCAUCCUCGUGGAAGGCCUGUCGGGAAUGGAACUCGGCUUACCUGCUUUCUGCACUCAAGAAUCAAUCUGUCAACGUUGCUGUGACACCGUAUGGAAAUGCUGAUAUGCCAACCGUUCCUCCUGGCGAGGAUUCUCCCGUCUUUGCCAAACCCCACUACGAGGAUGAGCCUUUUGAGGAGCUCCUCGAAUAUGUUGUUCGUCAAGAGACGGACCCCGACUUUCCUAGUGAUGCAGAGAUUCGAUACGCACAAACUCAGAACGACAAUCUCCGCGAUGAGUACGUCACACUCUUCUCAGACGUUCAGAAGGACAUCCCCUUCGCUAGGAUAGCACUGGACAAGAACCCCGACGCCGUCAACCUGUGGAUCGGCAACUCCAAGUCAGUCACGGCAAUGCACAAGGACAACUACGAAAACAUCUACGUCCAGGUCUUGGGAAGAAAGCACUUUGUCCUGCUCCCCUCGCUAUGCCACCCCUGCGUCAACGAGCAGCCCCUGAGGCCUGCCACGUAUAAGCGAGGGGACGACGGCUUGCAGCUUGUGAUGGACUCGGAUGAUGAGGCUGUGCCUUUUGCAAUCUGGGACCCCGAGAAGCCGGAACAGAAUGCCACGCGGUUCUCGCACCUGGCUAAACCCCUGAGAGUUACUCUGAACCCGGGAGAUAUGCUGUACCUCCCAGCCAUGUGGUAUCACAAGGUAUCGCAGUCGUGCGCCGAAGAGGAUGAAGGCUUUGUACUUGCUGUCAACUACUGGUAA